UACUACGGCGCUGAUUGCUGAUGACUAAGUGUGAAUGCCUUCUAGAUUUAGUCAGAGGCUGGCUGUGAUUGGCCAAAAACUCGGGUCUUGGCCAACCGAGCAUCAAAUUAGCAUCGGGUCCGAAGUUAUACGCACCGUCGGGACCUGGAAUAUAGGCUUAUAUCUAUGAGCCAAUCAUUUGUUGGCCGUCUCGGGCCUCACGAUGCCGUUCACAUACCUGAGUGAGCAUACUCUCGUUAGGCGCGCCUUUAUAUAACCAACCCGCUUCCUUAUUAUUUGCGCCACAAAUCUACCAUUCUUGAUACCUUUCAUCGUACGAACAAUUUCAUAGAUGUCUAAGCCAAAGAUUCUUAUUGUGGGCGCAUCCAUCGCAGGUCCCACCGCCGCCUACUGGUUUGCUAAAGCCGGUGCGAAAGUUACAAUCAUUGAACGAUUUCCUCAUCUACGCACUAAUGGGCAGAAUGUCGACAUCCGCACCGCUGGUGUUACGGUAAUGCGGAAGAUGCCGGGGAUGGAAGCCGCCGUGCGAGCCAAAGCCGUUCCAAUGGAGGGAAUCAGCUUUGUCAAUUCUAAAGGUCGAACAUUUGGAGUUAUGAGACCAACUGGAAACCCAGACCAACAAGCACUCAUUUCUGAGUAUGAGAUUCAUCGCGGCGAUUUAGCGCAGAUUCUCUUCGACUUAACGAAAGAUAACAAAAGUAUUACCUACGUCUUUGGAGAGCAAAUUGCCUCGAUGCAACAACAUAAACAAGAUGAUGGCCCUAUCACCAUCGAAUUUGCGAAUGGUUAUCCAACUUCGGAGUUCGAUCUAGUCGUUGCUUGUGAUGGUGCAAAUUCAAGAACUCGAGCCAUGGGUCUUGGUUGUGGUGUUCGAGAUUAUGUUGAACCGGUGAACUGGUGGGUGGCUUACUAUUCGAUACACCAGGACCUCAUCAAUGGGAGUAAAUUGGGACAGUCAUACAGCGCGCCUGGGGGGCGUUUCUUCGGAAUCGGGCCCGAUUCACCAGGCACGAACCGAGUCGCCGCCAUGGCUAUCUACCCACCUGGUGAUCAUAGCUCCAUACUGCCGUUUCGCGAGGCUAUGGAACAAGGAGAUGAUGCGCUCAAGCAAUUCGUAGCUCGACAUUAUCAGGGGGCUGGUUGGAAAUGUGACGAAGCCAUCGAAUGCUUAAGCGACGCGCAAGACUUUUAUGCCAGCGAAGCUGUUCAGGUUAAACUUCCGAGUUUAUAUAAAGGCCGAUUUGUCUUGGUCGGCGACGCGGGGUACGCAUCAGGACCUACUGGAUCUGGUACCAGCCUUGCUAUCGCUGGCGCGUACAUAUUGGCUGGUGAAGCGGGCAAGCAUAAGGGCGACUUGGCGGCGGCACUUAGGAGCUACAACCAGCAAAUGCGACCAAUUCUCGAUGAUUUGCAGAAAAUUCCGCCAUUCAUUCGUCCCAUUCUAGCACCCCAGACAGCUUGGGGUCUAUGGCUGCGAAACACUAUUCUCGGCUUUGUCUUAUGGACUAGGAUUAUAAAUUUUGUUCAGAAAUUCAUCGCCGGAUCGUUCGCAAAUUCCGACCAGUACAAGCUCCCGGACUACGAGUGGGAGUCUUAAAGACUAAAAAUACUCGUAUUUAAUGGCGCCAUGGUUCGCGCAUGUAUAUAAGGAUGGGGUAUGAUGCACCAACCACUCACCCAUGUUAGGACAUUAUUAGACUCAUUUCU